CGGGAGUCUGCACAUGCUCAGAGGCACCGGGAACGCCCCUUCACGUGACGGACAAAGCGGUUGGAGCAGGCCCGGUUCCCGCCCUGCGAGAGGAAGAGGCGGAGGCCCAGGCCCUGGCGCCGGCGGCCAUGGAGCGUUUCAGGACGGGCUACGCCGGGGAAGAGGCCGAGGCCUCCUCCGGCUGCGACCAACAGGCCCGGCAGCAGGCGCGCCAUUACCAGCUGCUCUCCGACCUGCAGGCCCUGGUCAAGGACCUGCCCAGUUCUUCCCAGCAGCGAUUGUCCUAUACCAUCCUCAGUGACCUGGCAUUGGCUCUCAUUGAUGGGACAGUCUUUGACAUUGUCCAGGGCUUACUUGAGAUUCAGCACCUGACAGAGAAAAACCUCUACAACCAGCGGCUCAAGCUGCAUCAUGAACACCGAGUGCUCAAGCAGGAGAUGCUUCAUAGACACAAGGAAGCCCAGCAGUGCUGUAAACCUCACAACAUGCCUCUUCUGAAAGCUGCUCAGCAGAAGGAACUAGAGGCCAUGGAGCAGCGAAUUCAUGAGGAACAGCACAUGAUGGAUGAGAAAAUUGUCUUGGAACUGGAUCAGAAAGUCAUUGACCAGCAGAGCACUUUGGAGAAAGCUGGUGUAUCGGGGUUUUACGUCACUACAAACACACAGGAACUGACUCUCCAAAUGAACUUGCUGGAACUGAUUCAAAAACUGCAGCAAAAGGAAUCUCUGCCAAGAAGGCCCUUCCCUUGAAAGGGAGGCCACACUUAUAUUGCUCGCUUCCCAUUUCUAGUCAAGGUCCUUCUCAGGUAUCUUGAUGGGGGAGGGUGAUUAUUUUUAUGUAAAAAGAUAGCUGCAUCUUAUUCCCUUGCUGGACAGCAGAAAAAACAGAGGCAAAGACUAACAAUUGCCCUUUGUCGGCUGGGCUCUGAGGGGGCUGUCUGAACGCACAAUUCUCUAACACCCACUAAGGCCAGAAGUUGAUUCUGUAUUUAUGUAUUAUUUCCUUUGUUUUUUUAGUUUAUUUAUACCUGUUGCCCACUUUUCACAUUUCAAGGCUGACAUUGGAAAAUGUGAUGUGUGACGCAGACAGUAAACAGUAUUAAGUUUC